AUGAUAACAGGGCAAGAAGUACCCUCAGAGAUAACAGGGCAAGAAGUACCCUCAGAGAUAACAGGGCAAGAAAUACCCUCAGAGAUAACAGGGCAAGAAGUACCCUCGGAGAUAACAGGGCAAGAAGUACCCUCAGAGAUAACAGGAGAUAACAGGGCAAGAAAUACCCUCAGAGAUAACAGGGCAAGAAGUACCCUCAGAGAUAACAGGGCAAGAAAUACCCUCAGAGAUAACAGGGCAAGAAGUACCCUCAGAGAUAACAGGGUAAGUAAUACCCUCAGAGAUAACAGGGCAAGAAGUACCCUCAGAGAUAACAGGGCAAGAAGUACCCUCAGAGAUAACAGGGCAAGAAGUACCCUCAGAGAUAACAGGGCAAGAAAUACCCUCAGAGAUAACAGGGCAAGAAGUACCCUCAUGAUAACAGGGCAAGAAGUACCCUCAGAGAUAACAGGGCAAGAAGUACCCUCGGAGAUAACAGGGCAAGAAGUACCCUCAGAGAUAACAGGGCAAGUAAUACCCUCAGAGAUAACAGGGCAAGAAAUACCCUCAGAGAUAACAGGGCAAGAAGUACCCUCAGAGAUAACAGGGCAAGAAGUACCCUCGGAGAUAACAGGGCAAGAAGUACCCUCAGAGAUAACAGGGCAAUGUGUACGAGGUGGCGAACUGCCCUCCUUGCCAGCUGUCAAUGGCCAGCCCUUGCCAGCUGUCAAUGGCCAGCCCUUGCCAGUUGUCAAUGGCCAGCCCUUGCCAGCUGUCAAUGGCCAGCCCUUGCCAGCUGUCAAUGGCCAGCCCUUGCCAGCUGUCAAUGGCCAGCCCUUGCCAGCUGUCAAUGGCCAGCCCUUGCCAGUUGUCAAUGGCCAGCCCUUGCCAGCUGUCAAUGGCCAGCCCUUGCCAGCUGUCAAUGGCCAGCCCUUGCCAGCUGUCAAUGGCCAGCCCUUGCCAACUGUCAAUGACCAGCCCUUCCUAGCUGUCAAUGGCCAGCUCUUGCCAGCUGUCAAUGGCCAGCCCUUGCCAGCUGUCAAUGGCCAGCCCUUGCCAGCUGUCAAUGGCCAGCCCUUGCCAGCUGUCAAUGGCCAGCCCUUGCCAACUGUCAAUGGCCAGCCCUUGCCAGCUGUCAAUGGCCAGCCCUUGCCAACUGUCAAUGGCCAGCCCUUGCCAGCUGUGUCAGGGGUGGGGGGGGGACACGGAGCCCUCUCCAACUUCUGGACAAUUUUAUGUGAGUGGUAA